CCACAACACCAGGACGCAAGCGCUCGCACCACCAUCAACGCCAUCCUUUCAACUCUCGAGUGACUAAAUUUCAUAGGCAUACUAGCACCGACCAAACUGCGGUCAAAAGUCGUUCAUCGCACACGACUAGCGCAACACCAUCUUAUUCCAACUCCUCAGCACCACGCUUCUUCAUCACGACCAUGUCCACCAAACCCCUCAUCCUUCUCACCGGCGCAACCGGCCACAUCGGCUUCCGCACGCUCGUCGUUGCCCUCCGUGCAAACUAUGCUGUCCGCGUCGCAAUCCGCAAGCCGGACCAAGAAGCCAAAAUCCGCAAUGCGUCCUCCAUCCAGCCAUACCUCUCCUCCCUCUCAUUUGCCCUCGUCCCCAACAUGGCCGCCCCAUCCGCCUUCUCGUCCGCAAUCAAAGGCGCCACGUACGUGAUCCACGUCGCCUCGCCCAUCCCCAUGAAACCCGACGUCCAAGUGCUGCUCGGCGAGGGCAAGACUUUUCGGGAGGUCAUGUACGAUCCUGCCGUCAAAGGCACGCUGGAGGUGCUGCGCGCGGCGGCUGGAGAGCAGGGCGUGAGGCGCGUUGUCAUCACGGCUUCUGGGAAUAUUCUAGCUUGCACGGUUGGCGUGCCGGAUUGCAAGCCUACAGAUAUCAGGCCAUGUCCUACGGACGAGGAGGCAGAUGCUAUGACAGUCCCAGGCGUGGCUUACAAGACCAGUAAGAUCCUGGCUGUUUCUGCGGCGCAGAAGUUCAUGGAGGAGGAAGAUCGAGGUUUCGACAUGGUUAUUACCUGCCCGGGAUAUGUGCAGGGUGCACACGAGUUGGCUGGUAGUGUGGAGGAGUUGAGGACAAGCACGAGCCAGGCGACGGUCGACAUUGCGACGGGACAGGAGCUAGGGAUGCCCCCUCUUGCGCCGCCGCUGUAUAAUCAGAUCUGGGUGGAGGAUGUGGCGAGGGCGCAUGUGGAGGCGCUGGCGAAUGCGAAUGUGAAGGCGGAUGAUGUUUUGGUGCUGGCGGGGAAUGGCCCGCAUAGCACGAGCUGGGAGGAGGUUGGAAAGAUGGUUGCAGAGAUGUUUGGGAAGGAGGUUGAGGAGGGUGUAUUGAAGCCAAAGAUGGAUCAGAAGGGAUUCAGCAUGCCGUUUGAUGGAAGUGGUACGGAAGAGAAGCUAGGGUUUCAAUUCGCGCCAGCGGAGGUGUGGGUUAAGGAGACUGUCGCUCAGUAUCUCCAGCUCAGAGGCACGGAAACAGCGUAAGAAGUGCUGCAGCGGCGAUCUUGGUUUCUACAGCGACAUGACAGAAGCUAGAGUCGAAAGUUAAACAUGGAACCUCAGCGUAAGACUGAAUGAUGGAAAC